AUGGGUGACCAAAAGAAAGAUGUGCAAGACUUCCAGUCUCAAGCCCUCCAAUCUGCAGCCAAAGUUGGAGCCAUCAGCGGAACUGCUGGCCUGAUUUAUGGAGGAGCUGCUGGAGUCAUCAGAUCUCCCAAUCCCAUAAUUCAUUCAUUGUCAUGUGGCAUCCACUGGUUUGCAUGCGGCUCAACCUUUUGGUGGCUGCGAAGUAACAUCAUCAAACAUCAUUACCAAGAUAAAGCCUCGCCCAAGGAGCGCACGUACGCGAGUGCUUUAUGCGGUGGCAUUGCCGGCGGAAGUGUAACGAAAUUGAUGGGAGGCCGGCUGGUUCCGGGGGCUAUCAUUUUCUCAUUGCUCGGCUACUGUGGCCAGAGCGUAUUCAACCGAGUGGAUGCGUGGCAAAUGGAAAAUGCACACAAGACAUCGAAACCUCUGAUGCAGCGAAUGGCUGAAUCUAAAUGGAUCCCACUUCGCUCACUCUCUGACCAAGAAUACAGGGUUAUGUUGAGUGAAAAGCUGCUAAGCAUUGAGGCUGAGAUUGCUCUCCUCGAUGACAAGAUCCAGGAACUUGAGAAAUCUCGACCAAUCUCCGAUUCAAGCUCAAAAUAA